GGUGCCGCGGGGCAGCUUCCAGCAUGGCCGCGCUGCGCAGCUCGACGGCCGCGGCCCCAGCCCCAUUCCCAGCCCCAGCCCCGUUGCCGGCCCCGGCCCCGUUCCCGGCCCGCCCCUCCGCCUCGGGCCGCCUAUAAAAGGGGCCCCGCAGCCCGCCCGCCCCCGCUGCCGCCUUGCCGCCGGCCCGGCCAUGGCCAAGGACCAGCUGCGGCCGCGGCUGUGCCGCAUGCUGAAGGGGGAGAGCGGCUACGGCUUCCACCUGCACGGCGAGAAGGGCAAGAGCGGGCAGUUCAUCCGCAAGGUCGAGCCCGGCUCCCCCGCCGAGGCCGCGGGGCUGCGAGCCGGGGACCGCGUCGUGGAGGUGAACGGGCUGAACGUGGAGCAGGAGACGCACCACCAGGUGGUGCAGCGCAUCAAAGCGGUGGAGACGGAGACGCGGCUGCUGGUGGUGGACAAGGAGACGGACGAGUACCUGUGCAGCCUGCGCCUGACCUGCACGGAGGAGAUGGUGCACAGUGGCAUCCUGCUCAACUCCAGCAUCUCGCCCACCAAGUCUGUGGGCAGCGACAAUGGGGAGGUCUGGAAGCCACAGCUGGACCUGAGCGGGGACAGCCUCCAGCGGCACUCGCACAGCUUCUCCUCGCACGGCAGCAGGAAGGAUUUAAAUGGGCAGAAGGAGCUGUGCCCACGUCUCUGCCAUCUGAAGAAAGGACCCAAUGGCUACGGCUUCAACCUGCACAGCGAGAAGUCCCGGCCAGGGCAGUUCAUCCGCUCGGUGGAUCCUGACUCUCCAGCUUCCAGAGCAGGGCUGCGGCCCCAGGACCGGCUGGUGGAGGUGAACGGGAUAAACGUGGAAGGUUUGCGGCACUCGGAGGUGGUGUCCCACAUCAAGGCCCGGGAGAACGAAGCCAGGCUCCUGGUGGUGGACCCCGAAACAGAUGAUUACUUCAAGAAGCUGGGGGUGACUCCCACGGAGGAGCACACCAAAGGUGUGGUACCUCAGCCCAUGACCAAUGGAUCUGCACAGACUCAGCUGAAUGGAGGAUCCACAUCUUCAUCUCACAGUGACCUUCAAAGUCCUGGGAAGGAGUCAGAGGACGGAGAGAUGGAGAAGAAAGACCCAUUUGAGGAGAGCGGCUUGAGCCUGAGCCCGACAGCCGCCGAGGCCAAGGAGAAGGUGAGGGCCAAGCGGGUGAAGAAGAGGGCUCCUCAGAUGGACUGGAACAAGAAGAAAGAGAUCUUCAGCAACUUCUGAGCCUUGCUGGUGGCUGCCAUCUGCUGCUCUCCUGCCCCCCUGGCCCAGCUCGGACGUUCCUGAGGUGCCUACGCCCUGUCUUUUCGGUGUCCACGUGAGAUGCUUUGUGCUCUGCUCUUCACUGGUUGCUUCUACAAGGAGUAUUUUAAAGUCCCUUCUUUUUUUGG